UCCCAAUAAAAAAUUGCAGCAGGAAGUUGUUUACCCACCCAAAAACAGAACACGCCUUCUUCAUUUGCAUUUGCCAGCCUAUCAAAAACACAGCACUAUAAGUUCCCCCUCACCCCUUCUAUUCCGGCACCACCACAGCCAUCUCCUCCUCCUCCUCCUCCUCCUCCUCCUCAUCAUCAUCAUCAUCAUCAUCAAGCUUCUAACACAAGUGAUGGCAAAAGAAGCAAUGAAGAUCAUCCUGGCGACCGUGGUCAUGGCGGCUUCACUCUGGAUUCCGGCCGCCAGCCAGACCGGCUGCACCACAGCUCUCAUCGGCCUUGCGCCUUGUCUGAGUUAUAUCUCAGGCAACUCGUCCACUCCUUCGUCUAGUUGUUGCAGCCAGCUUGCCAGCGUUGUGCAAGCGCAGGCUCAAUGCCUCUGCACAGUGCUCAAUGGAGGAGGCUCCAUAGUAGGCAUUUCUAUUAAUCAAACACAAGCCUUAGCCCUUCCAGGUGCUUGCAAGGUUCAAACACCACCUGCUAGCCAAUGCAAGGCCGGGGCAGGUGGGUCUUCAAGCACUCCGGCGAAGUCCCCGUCGGCGGCGCCAACCACUCCGACCACCCCAUCAACAACUCCCAGCGACACCCCUGCCGCACCUACAGGCUCCCCUUCAGGAAAUGGUUCGAAGUCAACCAAUGGUGAUUCUUCUGAUGGCAGGAUGAAUAAAUCGGCCAUGUCCAUAGUCUUCACUGCUUUGAUCUUUGGCUCAACUCUGGCGAGCUUCUUCUGAGUGAACAUUUUACUUCUGGGUUUUGGCUUUUAGAGGAUUGAUUUGCUGUUGUAAUUUAUUGUCUUUAUUCUAUGAAGCCUCUGUGUUUGAGGAAUGUCCAAUUUAUCCAUUUUUAAGUUGAUUGUAAAAUUGAUAUUAUGUAUUUGAUUAUUGUUUGUCGAGAUUGAAUAGUAAAAGAUUUUUUCUGUAA